ACUCCAGCUUCACACAGCAUUUCACUGAGGCACAGAUAAAUCACAGUGAACCGAAUAGGAUGGAAGGUCUUCCACUGAAGAUGCCCCAGGCUGUCGUCUUACAAGUCAAAGAUGACGUCAAAGUGACGAUGCCUGACCUCAGCAUAUUACGGAAAACAGCAUACGAGUUCAGCUUGGAGAACUGGGUGUUAACUGGCUUACAGAAUGGUCCCACCCACCAUCAGCGGCCUCAGCCAUUCACCCCUCUAUCUGAACUUUUACCAUCUUGUCCUCCGUACUGGAUGAUGUUCAGCAGCCCACAGCAGAGUCGUCUAGCCAGCCGCCACAGCUCUGACUUAUGGGAACCAAAUCCUCGACAACGCUCCCACAGCCUCAAUCCUGCUGUACUUCGCACCACCUUCACCAUCUCAGACUUGGAGGAUGAAGGAGGAAAUACUGUGCAGGAAGCCAAGGAAAACCUGACAGCUAAAGCUUGUUUGAAGGAAGAGCACCCAGCUGCAUCAUGUCAGAGCGGUCAAAGAAAAGCACAGAGAGCCUUCAUCCCUGACCUGCUGAAUCCUCCAUCCUGCCUGAGCAGCCUCCCCCACAAGCGCAGGAAGAACCUGCGGCAGUGUUCUGUCUCUGGGACAGACAUGUCCAAAAAACAAGAGUCCAACAUGGACUGUCAGCCUCUGAGCUCAUUCUCAUACAAAGCUCCCAACACCAGGACCUAUGCCACCGACAAAUCCACUGGCAACCAUAAAACAGCAGAUAUGAUGCAUCUCAGACCAAACUGCUGCAGAGCUCAUCACAGAGCCUCGCUGUGCGGGAGCCUGAGCUCUGCUCUGGACUCGUCUGUGGAGCUCUUGUCAGCUCUGAGCCCAGAGGAGAGGGAGCUGCUCAGGGCCAUCACUGCCCGGGGAUACCCCCUCCGCACUGCCAUCAUAGCCCUGCAGAGGGCAGGACAACAGACCCCAGAUCAGAUCCUGAAUUACCUCUUUGCAUGUGAGCACCUGUGUCAGCUGGGCUAUGACAUGGCUCAGGUGGAAGAAGCCCUGGAGAUGUUUCAGAACUGCGAAACAAAGGCAGAGGAGUUCCUCCACCUCCUGACUCAGUUCAAUGAGAUGGGCUUCCAGCCACACACCAUCAAAGAAGUGCUGCUUGUCCAUGAGAAUCACAGAGAGCGGGCGCUUGAGGAGCUGAUGAUGCAUGUGGCGUGAUGGUGCGGCCACAUGCAGUUCGGUUCAAACUGGAGAGUGGGUUUUAGGCAGUGGGUUUUAGUUGUGUUCAGUAAUGCUAUAUUCAUGAUUUUCAUAUUAUUUUUUUGUAUUAAAGCACUCCAGUUAAACUCUCAGCAUAUGUCAUAGUGAGUUUUAGGACAGUUCUAUUUUCGUAGAAGUUAUUUUUGGAAGCAUAAAAACUAAACCAGUAAUUAUUGUGUUGCAUCUAAAAGCAAAUAAGGUCCAGAUGUCAUUUUAUUUGUCUCCAUUUAGCUCCUCUGCCUGAGUUUGACAAGACAUUGAUGUUCAUUGGUCUGACCUACUGCAGAGUGAGGGGUCUGGAAUGUUCAAUCAAAGUGGAUUUUCAGCUGCAUCCAGCAGCCGCAAUGAUUUCCAUUUUAAAUUCUCUGGUUUAUGCUACAGAUCAGCACUACACUACAAAAUGUAGCUCAUUAAUGAAGUCCACUACAAAGAAGCCCACCUGAUGGGGCCACGCUUUAGAGACAGCUUAUACGGGCAGUAGCCCAGGGCCCCAUUUUUGGGUGGUCCCUAAAGAGUUUUCUUUUCUUUUUCAUGUUUUUCUUUUUUAUUUAAUGAAUGGGUCUUUUGCAACAUUUCACUUUAUAUAAAAGUCAUGUGAGUUGUAUUAUUUUAGGAUGUUUAGACUAUAAACAAUCACCAAGGAGUUAUUGUCUGGAGGACGUAUUUAACCGAGCAAGCAUCAGUUCAUACCUGUUGAUGUAUGUAGGAUUAUAUUAUUUACUGUAAUUUGCAUUAGCAAAAUAUUUCUUACUUAGAGGAUAAGACACCAAAGCUGGCUGCACCCCAGGGCCCACAUCCUUUUAUAUCCGGCCCUGGUCAUUAAUGUCUUUCCACAUCUACAGUCACAGUAAACAGAAAAUACAAACUCCAUCAGCUCAAGAGUCAGAAUGAUCUAGUUUAUACCAGCCUUUAAGUGAUUAUUAUAGAUGAAUUAUUACCACCACAGCAAUGAGGGGGUGCAAAGAGAAAGCUGCUUAAAUAUUUGUUCAGUCUUUUUCUCUUUGGUUUGCUCUGAUCAGUUGCUCUCAAAGGUGUCUGCAGGAUGUAGGCUAAGAGUGUUUUAUCAUUUCUUUGAGUACUGAACCAUUGCUGAUGUCUUUCCUACUUGGCAUUGCUGGAACACACACCUGUUUGCUCCUGAACAGCAAACUCCCAGAAGCACAGUGGGAGACCACACAGCACCAAGAAAGCACCCAGGGUCAACUUUUCCAGUUUUACUUCUUCUUUGUGUAAUAAAUAACAGUGCAGAACCUGUCAAAUCUGAAUCAUUUUCAAACCUGAUAAAUACCAGAUAUCUGUCAUAUGCUCUGAUAUGGAAAAUCCAAACUUUCUUUUUAUCAAGACUAUCUGUGCUGGAUGGUGUGCUCAGAGUUCCCAAAUUGCUUCAAAUGUAAUUUAGAAUCACAACAAAAACAUGUUUCAAUAUAAAAACUUACAUCUUCA